AUGGGAGGUACGUUUACUUGUGCCUACGGACGGAUAUCCCUCUCGGUGCGCCGCCUUGUCGGAGCUCGCGCGCUGAUCGUGCCUUGUCCUCCCUUGACUAGAAAAAGGAAGAUGACUCGGCCCCUUUGCCCGAGGUCGAACAUCUCCUCGUCGUCGCCGGUAACUCGGACGAAGAGAACCCGUACCGUAAAGGCUCGGCACUGCAGGUCAGUCCAGCUAGACGCUGCUCUGGACCCGAUUCGAGCGUUUGUUCUGACGCGUCAGAUUGUGGACAUGACGCAGACCUAUUUGCUCGGUUACGAGUUCCCUUCGACGUUGAUGAUGCUCUCCAACAAGGGUCGCGCCAAGACGGUCGUCUUUGUCGUGUCGACUUCAAAGGGUACGUUUUCAGCUUCAUGCGCACGGAUCCGAUCGCGUUCGUUUGUGUACUGACCCCUGCGUCGAUGAUCCGACUUUCUUCAAUCACAGCCAAGUUGCUUCAGCCGCUUUUGACCGCCCCAUCGGAUGAGAAGGUCGAGGUCGAGAUCCUGACUCGGUCCAAGGACGAGGCCGAGAACAAGAAGUUGUUCGAGCAGGUCAUUGAUGCGAUUGGCGAUGGCGUGAGUUGGAAGCGUCCCGUCUGGCCGCACGCGGGGCAAGAAAGCUGACGAGUGACGCGCGAUGCAUUGCAGAACACGGUCGGUACGCUCCCGAAGGACAAGAUGGCCGGCAAAUUCGUCAAUGAAUGGCAGGGCGUCUUCACGAGCUCGGGCAAGGACAUCAAGGAGAUAGAUGUUGGACCGGGGGUCUCGACUUUGUUGGCCGUCAAGGACGAAGAGGAGCUGGUGGGUCACAAGCUCGGUUCAUCAUCAUAGUGCGCACUUGGCUGACAUGCUUGCUUCCCUUUCUGAUUUGCAGCGCAACGAGAUGCACGCUGCCAAGAUGACGAACCACCUCAUGUCGCACUUCAGCGAUGCGAUGUCGUCUGCGAUCGAUCAGGGCAAGCGCAUCACCCACGAGCAAUUGGGCGAGCAGAUCGAGCAAAAGCUCGAGGACACCAAGUUCUGGCGUUCGCUCAAACUCGGCGAUGGGUUCGAGACCGGGUUCGGCGAUUGGUGCUACUCGCCCAUCAUCCAAUCCGGAGGCAACUACGACCUCAAGAGUUCGGCGCAGACGGACGACCAAAAGCUCAAGCCGGGCGUGAUCCUGUGCUCGCUCGGUAUUCGCUACAAGUCGUACUGCAGCAACGUCGGUCGCACGUUCAUGAUCGACCCCGACUCGGCGCAAGAGAAGAACUACCUCUUCCUCGUCGAACUGCAAAAGUUCGUCAUUGGGGAACUCAAGGAGGGCGCAGUAGCCAAGGAUGUGUACGCUGCGACCGUUGAGAAGGUUCGUGCCGACCGAGAGGACUUGUUGCCUCACUUCGUCAAGACGUGCGGUUUCGGGAUGGGGUUGGAGUUCCGCGAUGCGGCGUACGCGCUCGGUCCCAAGGGGACUCGCACGCUCAAGCAGGAUAUGAUCUUUUCGCUCUCGCUCGGGUUCCACAACAUCCCGCAGGCCAAGGGGGACAAGACAUACGCGAUCUCGCUCGUCGAUACCGUGCAGGUUGGCAAAUCCGGUGCCAAGAUCCUUUCGGAAGGGAUGAAGGGCAAGGACGACGUCAUGUUCUUCAUGGACGAUGACGAGGAGGACAAGAAGAAGGCCGCGCAGGGGCGACGCGGAGCGGCGCGCAAAGCCGCACCGACGGUCAUGGUCAAGUCCAAAUUGAGGAACGAGAACCGGGACGUCGAUGCGGAUGCGCUCAAGCGAAGGGAAGAGCAUCAGCGCGAAUUGGCAGUCCGCCGACAGGAAGCUGGGUUGGAGCGCUUCUCUGAGGGCGACGGUGGGCGUGGACGCGGCGAGAAGCAAUGGAAGAGUUUCACGAGUUACCAAAAGGAGUCGCAGCUUCCCGAGGCGGUGACGUCGCAGAAAAUUUCGGUCGACGUGCGCCGCUCGACCGUCAUCCUGCCCAUCAAUGGGUACGCUGUGCCGUUCCACAUCAACACGCUCAAGAGCAUCGUCAAGCAGGAAGAAGGCGACUACACCGUCUUGCGCUUCAUGUUCGUCACCCCCGGUGCGAUCACGGGCAAGAAGGAGGAUACGCCCUUCGAGGACCCUUCGGCGACGUUCAUCCGUGGCAUCACGUACCGCUCGCUCGACGGCUUCCGCUACGCUGAGGUGCACAAGGACAUCACAGAGCUGAAGAAGGCCGCCACGAAGCGCGAGGCCGAACGCAAGGAACUCGCCGAUGUCGUCGAGCAGGACCGCUUGAUCGAGCUCAAGGGCAAGCGACCAAUCAGGAUGACGGACGUGCAGGUUCGACCUGUUUUCGAUGGCAAGCGGCAGAUGGGCGAUGUCGAGAUCCACUCGAACGGUAUCCGCUACCAGUCGUCACUCAAGUCGGAACAAAAGAUUGGUGAGUAUUGUGCCUAGGUGUGGGCUUUCGAGAUUGUCCGACUCACCUUGCAUCAUUGUUUAUCUACGCGCCAAGACAUCCUUUUCAGCAACAUGAAGCACUUGCUGUUCCAGCCGUGCGACCACGAGCUGAUCGUCAUUUUGCACAUUCACCUCAAGACGCCGAUCCUGAUUGGCAAGAAGAAGGCCACCGACGUGCAGUUCUUCCGAGAGGUGUCGGACCAGUCGUUCGACGAGACGGGCAACAAGAAGCGACGGAAGAAUUACCACGACGAGGACGAACUCGAGGCCGAGCAGGAGGAGCGAAGGCGUCGGUCCGACCUCAACAAGUACUUCAAAGCCUUUUCGGACAAGAUCGCAGAGGCCUCGGACGGGCGCGUCGAGGUCGAUAUCCCCUUCCGCGAGCUCGGUUUCCAGGGUGUGCCGUUCCGGUCCAACGUGCUUAUGCAACCGACGACCGAGACGCUCGUCUUCUUGACCGAGCCUCCGUUCCUCGUCUUGACGCUGAGCGAGAUCGAGGUCGCCCAUCUCGAGCGCGUGCAAUACGGUCUCAAGAACUUUGACAUGGUCUUCGUCUUUGCCGAUUUCAAGCGAACGCCGAUCCACAUCAAUACGGUGCCGUCGGCGCAAUUGGACAAUGUCAAGGAAUGGCUCGACUCGGUCGACAUCCCCUUCACCGAAGGACCGGUGAACCUCAAUUGGGGCGCGAUCAUGAAGACCGUCAACGAGGACCCGUACGAGUUCUUCAAGGAAGGCGGCUGGGGCUUCCUGUCGGCCAAGGGUGACGACGAGGAGGACUCGGACGAGAGCGAGGAAGAGUCCGAGUUCUCGGCUGGGUCGGAUGCGUUCGAGAGUGAGAGCUCUGAAUCCGGGUCCGACUUUGACGACGACGACGCUUCGGACGAUGACGAUGAGAGCGCCGAGGACGUCAGCGCCGAUGAUUGGAGUGAUGCGGAGGAAAAAUUGGAACGCAAGGAACAGGAACGAAAACAGAACGGUAAGGGACGAGCAGCUUCGGAUAGUGGAUCAGACCGACCUAAAAAGUCGAAGAGCAAGAGUGGCAAGCGCUAA